UUUGUGCCCUCAGAGCAGUGUUAGCAUGUGAUAUCACUGACACUCCUCGCUCACAAGUUUUUUUUUUUUUUUUUGAUAACAUCCUCGCUCACAAGUUUAACUAACGCAAACGCACACAUUCUCUUCCCUCCAAAUCUAUAACCGACCUUCUCUCUCUUGGUUUCGUUCUCACCCCGUGGUACACUCCCUCUUCAACUGCGCGGUUAUAAAUAAGACCCACUUCACUUCAGUCUUCAAUAAUUGACCCACUCAUCACUACACACACAAAGAGAGAGAGAGCAAAACCAAAACCAAAACCAAAAUGAAGGUCUCCAAUUUAUACCAUGUUGCGGUGUUUCUUGUGUUGCUGAUUGGAAUGGGAAACAGCCAUGACUACCAAGAUGCAUUAUCAAAGGCCAUUCUUUUCUUUGAGGGACAGAGAUCGGGUUUCCUACCAGCGGAUCAGAGAAUGAAUUGGCGUGGCAACUCGGGUCUGAGUGAUGGGUGGAACUACAACACGGAUCUCACCGGCGGGUACUACGACGCCGGCGACAACGUCAAAUUCGGGUUUCCGAUGGCGUUCACGACGACAAUGAUGGCGUGGAGCGUGCUGGAAUUCGGGGACAUGAUGCCACCCAACGAACUCAGAAACGCAUUCGUCGCAAUCCGUUGGGCCACCGAUUAUUUGCUCAAGACUGUUUCUCAGCCCAAUCGGAUUUUCGUUCAGGUGGGUGAUCCAAGCUCAGACCAUGAUUGUUGGGAGAGGCCAGAGGACAUGGAUACAAGUAGGACUGUGUAUGCUGUUGAUGCACCAAACGCGGCUUCCGAUGUCGCCGGUGAAACAGCUGCCGCACUAGCAGCCUCAUCCAUGGCAUUCCGGUCAUCGGACCCGGGAUAUUCAGAGACAUUGCUUCGAAAUGCUAUUAAUGCCUUUCAAUUUGCUGACAGCUACAGGGGUGCUUACAGCGACAAUGCUAAUGUUAAGUAUGGUGCCUGCCCAUAUUAUUGUGACUUCGAUGGCUAUCAGGACGAGUUGCUGUGGGGAGCCGCAUGGCUAAGAAGGGCCACGCAGGACGAUAAUUUCCUCAACUACAUUCAAAGCAAUGGCAAAACGCUUGGAGCCGACGACAACAUCAAUGAGUUUGGUUGGGACAACAAGCAUGCUGGCCUAAACGUUCUUGUCUCCAAGGAAGUCCUAGAAGGAAACAUGUACUCUCUAGAGUCUUACAGGGCCUCAGCAGAGAGCUUCAUGUGCACACUAAUACCUGAAUCACCAAGCUCACACAUAGAGUACACGUCUGGUGGACUAGUAUACAGGCCAGGAGGCAGCAACUUGCAGCAUGCAACUUCAAUCGCAUUCCUUGAGUUGGUCUAUGCCAAUUACUUAACUCGCACGUCACAAGUCAUCAAUUGUGGGAACGUCUAUGUUAGUGCACAAACACUUCGCCAGCAUGCCAAGAGACAAGUUGAUUACAUUUUGGGUGAUAAUCCAAUGGGAUUAUCGUACAUGGUUGGAUAUAGCAACUACUAUCCGCAGCGUAUUCAUCACCGUGCUUCUUCUUUACCUUCGAUCAAGGAUCAUCCCCAGUUCAUCGCGUGCAAAGAUGGUUCAAUCUACUACAAUUCAACGAAUUCCAAUCCUAAUGUACUUGUGGGAGCCAUUGUUGGAGGACCUGGAGAAGAUGAUUUUUAUGUGGAUGAUAGGGUUGAUUUUAGGAAAUCCGAGCCAACCACAUACAUUAACGCACCAUUUGUUGGGGUUUUAGCAUAUUUUGCCGCUAAUCCCAACUUUAGUUAAUAUAUUUUCCAACAGAUAUAAGCCAUUUUUCGUUUAAAAAAAUAUAUAUACGGAGAACAUGUCUCUCAUCUUGAGAAAAGCAAGAGGGAAGAGGCUUGCUUCGAAUUUGAAUUUUAAUGUUUAUAAAAUAUUA